AUGGCAGCGUUUGCAAAGGGAGCAUACGAUGCAGCUGCAUACAACGCAUUCAGACCCGUUUAUCCUCCCAAACUGUUUGACAAGCUCUGGUCAUUUCAUCGCAGUGGACGAAACGCACGCUGGACACGUGCAGUCGAUCUAGGAUGUGGAACUGGUAAAACCCUUUUGCCGUAUUUUAGGGUUAUACCUCCUUUUGAUCACGAAGCAGGCCAAGCGACGCUCAAACUUACAACCCAAUUCGAGCAUGCGAUUGGUGUCGACCCGUCUCCUAAAAUGAUUCAACAGGCAAAUGAACUCAUCUCGAGUUCCCCGUUUCACAAUCCUCCCAAUGGUCUGUAUCCCUGGCGGCGGCGAGGCCAAUUUGUAAUUGACAUUGACCGUGGAGCAGGUAACAGAAGAAUUGUAUUCGAAAACGCUCCAGCAGAGAAGCUCGCCUUCCUCCAGGACGAGUCGGUCGAUUUCGUCUCAGCGGCUCAAGCCGUUCAUUGGUUCGACUAUGCGCGUCUGUGGAGGGAGAUUAACCGUGUGCUUCGACCAGGCGGUUCGGUAGCGUUCUGGGGCUAUUCCGAAUUGAGGAUACGACACUUUCCCUAUCUGACGCCCAUUAUCACUUAUUACUCGCAAGGCUCCAGCCCUCGCCAGCCACAACCACCCAGCAAUCUCGACCUGCAACCCGACAUUCUGGGCAAUGAGCCAUUGACGCACGCAGCCUCGUCGAGUACCGGUACAAUGGCAAGAGUCGAACCGGAACCCGACUCGCUCGGUGCCUAUUGGGAACAACCAGGUCGAUCCAUUCUCGACGGUGGACUCUUGUCGAUCCCCAAUCCACCCUCUUCUGCCCACUUUGACCUCUCUGCGUCGCAAGUCGUCUUGUACUCUGGUUCUCUGCGACCCGACGUCUUUCAAGCGUUUACCGACUAUGAAAAUCGGCAAAUCGAAGGAAAGAAGAGGGAAAUUGUGCAAGAAGACGUGGUAUUGGAAAAGGAAAUGACAUGGGAGCUACUGGAACGAUAUUGUCGCACGUGGAGCUCAUUGGCCACCUACUUGGAACAGCAUCCAGAUGAAAAGGAAAGAAGGGAUGGAGAUAUUUUGCAACGAUUUCUCAAGAGGAUGAAAGACGAGAUUGUGAGCAGAGGAGAGGCCGUGCCCGAGAGCCUGACGGUCGAAUGGCCCAUGACCCUUCUCUUGUAUCGCAAAGGAGAUUAA